CAAUUUGGGGUAAAUCCAUUGGUUUUUUUAAGGAGAAAGAUGGAGUAAUGAUUACAUUUUCGUCCCUUUUUUUUUGUGGUAAACCAUUCCAAUGUGUUGUUUUCGUGGGAAAAGAACUUAACCAAUAUGAGUGUGGCUUGUUGUUAUGUGGGAUCUGUAUCAUUAUUGCGUCCGUGUGGAUGGUGCAAUUUCAGGACUGUGAGUUCAUCGCAAUUCGGCGGCGGCUUACGCCGGCGAGUACUGAAAGAAGUGGAUAAUGAGCUGAGCAAAGGAGAUGAUAGAGCUGCACUGUCGCUCGUCAAAGAAUUUCAAGGAAUCCCCGGCGGUCUCAGGGGUUUUGGCGCCGCACGGCAGAUACCACAGCGACUAUAUUCUCUGGACGAACUCAGAGUGAAUGGAAUAGAAACCGCUUCUCUUUUAUCACCAGUUGAUGCCACACUGGGUUCUAUUGAGAGAAACUUGCAGGUUGCAGCUAUAUCUGGGGGUGUUGCCGCUUCGAAUGUGCUGCACUUCAAUCCUCAACAGAUUCUCACCGUCUCUUUGGGACUUUUGUUUCUAUGGACAUUUGACUCAGUCUCCUUCAAUGGAGGGCUCAGUGCCUUAAUUCUGGACACCAUUGGUCACACCCUCAGCUCAAAGUACCAUAACAGGGUUAUUCAGCAUGAAGCAGGGCAUUUUUUGAUUGCCUAUUUGCUAGGAAUCCUUCCUAAGCGUUACACACUGACCAGUUUGGAAGCUUUUGAAAAGGAUGGAUCACUGAAUGUUCAAGCUGGGACUGCAUUUGUGGACUUUGAGUUCGUCGAGGAAGUUAGUAAAGGAAGAGUAUCUGCCACAAUGCUGAACAGGUUUUCUUGUGUUGCACUAGCAGGCGUGGCUACAGAGUAUCUUCUCUUUGGAUGUGCUGAGGGAGGACUUGCAGAUAUUAACCAGUUAGACAGACUACUUAGAAGCCUGGGGUUUACACAGAAGAAAAGUGAUUCUCUGGUUAGAUGGGCCAUUCUGAAUACUAUAUUCAUUUUGCGCCGCCACGAGAAUGCCCGAGCAAAGCUAGCAUUGGCUAUGACAGAAGAACGAUCAGUAGGCUCUUGCAUUGACGCUAUAGAAGAAAACCUAAGUGAUGAUUACUUGUAACUCUUCUUACGGUUAAGAGGCCAUAAGAUGUGUGGAAUAUGCUUUCUCUUCUCUUGUACUCUCACACUAUGUUUGGUUCAAAGAAUUAAGGAGAAAAAUAUAUUGUUAAGGACAAGAAAAGAAAUUCAAAAUCCUAAU